CGUUAUGAGUUAGCAUUAUGCAAACGAAGGAGGCAAAAACCGACAUGGGGGAAAUUUAAGCAAGGUUUUGGAAUAAUUUUGUCUCCGAUUUCGGUUGCACUAGCCAUCUGACCCCGACAAAAAGUGAUAUGAAACCCUAAGGAACGUCGAAGGAACGGAAUAUUAGCCGUUGGAAUCAUUCUUGAAACAAUAGCAUCGUUCACAAGUUAACUACAGUUAGUUUGACGCCAUUUUGUAAACUAUCCUAUCUCUGGCAGAAGGGACAUAAUUCACCAAUAAAACAUGACGAAUCUCGAAGGAAACAAUCGCAAAUGGACGCAAGACGAAAUCAUAAACAAUACAAGAAACGUUGUACGUGGAUUAGAGACCUUGAAAAAUGAACAUUCAGGAAUCUUGAGCAACCUUAAUUCGGAUCGUGGUGGAUCAUCGGAUUUGGAGAAGGAGAAGGGCUCUAUCGUCCAAGAAUCAAUCGAGAAGAUCGAGUUAGGACUAGGAGAAGCUCAGGUAAUGAUGGCACUUUGUAGUCACCUCAGCACUGUUGAAGCUGAAAAGCAGAAACUGAAAGCACAAGUGCGAAGGCUUUGUCAAGAGAAUGCCUGGCUCAGAGAAGAACUGUCAGUCACUCAACAGAAACUGCAAGAAAGUGAGCAGAAAGUGGCUCAGUUGGAAGAAGAAAAGAAACACUUGGAAUUCAUGAACUCUAUAAAAAAAUAUGAUGACGAUGAAGGAAUAGAAAAUGACAUCAGUAUAGACAUGCUCUCACAGGAUGAAGAGGAAGUGGAAGAUGUUGAUGAUGAAACAUUAAGUCAGGCAUCAUCUGCCACCUCAGCAAGUGCAUCAGGUGUCUAUGAAAUUCCAGCUCGCCUUAGAACACUGCACAAUUUAGUUAUACAGUAUGCUUCACAGGGUCGAUAUGAGGUGGCAGUCCCUCUCUGUAAGCAAGCACUGGAAGAUUUAGAAAAGACGUCUGGUCAUGACCAUCCAGAUGUGGCAACUAUGCUCAAUAUCCUUGCUCUUGUAUACAGAGACCAAAACAAAUAUAAAGAGGCGGCCAAUUUGCUUCACGAUGCACUGACGAUUAGAGAAAAGACACUCGGCGAGGAUCAUCCAGCGGUGGCUGCGACUCUUAACAAUCUAGCGGUGCUUUACGGCAAGAGAGGCAAAUAUAAGGAAGCUGAGCCCCUUUGCAAGAGAGCCCUGGAAAUACGCGAAAAGGUACUCGGCAAAGACCAUCCCGAUGUAGCCAAGCAAUUGAAUAACUUGGCUUUGUUGUGCCAGAAUCAAGGAAAAUACGACGAGGUUGAACAGUACUAUCAACGGGCUUUGGAAAUUUACACCACCAAACUUGGCCCAGACGAUCCUAAUGUGGCGAAAACGAAGAACAACUUGGCGUCCGCAUAUUUGAAACAAGGAAAAUACAAAGCGGCUGAAACGCUGUACAAGCAGGUGCUCACCCGAGCCCAUGAGCGGGAAUUCGGGCCUGGUACCGAAUCAUCUCUGGAAGAUGACGGUAAACGCGGGAAAGACAACGCGCCAUAUGGCGAGUAUGGUGGUUGGCAUAAGGCGGCCAAAGUGGACAGCCCUACUGUCACCACCACCCUCAGGAAUUUGGGAGCAUUGUACCGCAGGCAGGGCAAGUUCGAAGCAGCGGAGACGCUCGAGGAGUGUGCGCUGAGAUCACGACAGAAUGUUAGUCGAGAGGCCCUAGAUGUCGUUCGUCAGACUAAGGUCGCUCAACUUUUAGCUGAAGAUGUCGGCGGUGCAUCAUUUUCAUCCAGCAGUGUGGCUUCGUCCUCUUCCUCCUUGAACGGUAAUGGAAGCAAGUCCUCAAUAGAACCAGAAAGAGAUGAUCCAAACGACGACAAAAAGAACGGAAAACGCGAGAAGACAUUUUCACGCCUCAAGAGAACGUUGAGCAGCCGCGGUCAAAAGCUGAUGGAAAAGAUGGGUGCCAGUGGUACAAGGCUUCAGCGGUCGUCGUCGCGUGACAACCUAGCCCAUCAUGCUAAGCUGUCGCCGUCGGAGAGGAUUUCUCGUAGCACCCCCAUGCUCGCACAGCCACAACCUGAUCCCGACCGGAUAAGGUCAGGGAGCGUUAGCACCAGGGGUACCCCGUUGGGGCCUUGACGAGUAGUACCAGGAUACCCUGCGGAGGACUUGUCGAGUUAAUAUCUGGGGACGGGAAGGAGACCAGCUAUUUGAUAGUUUUUACCAAAUUAAAAUUCAUGGGACCAAAUUUGCUCUUGAAAUUAGUUUUUAGUCGAUUUGAGGUUCAGUUUUUGGUGGAGAUGGUUAAAUUAAUUGUCAAAAAUAUGCGGAGACCUAUUAAGUCAUCUAAGUUUUGGGAAGAGAGGUUACCGUUAAAUUGAUACGUCAACGGUUCGCGAUUGUGUCAAAAUAAAUCCAGAAUUUAUUUCUUCACCAUGAAACUUGCGCAAAAAUACUCAACCAAUCUUGAGGAAAUUGCGUGACACAUUUCAAGACCAAACGCAUUCCAGUUGGCUGUUGCUGUGGCGUUUGGUUUGAAUGUGACAGCAAUCACCCACAAAAACACUUAAAGAUAUCUUCUCACAAAUAUUUUAAAUGAUUUGAGGGAUUCACUGAACCGUGCGAAGAUUUUACUCUGUUUAUCUCUGUAUUUUACACAAACUCGAAGUUAUAGAAUUUAACUUCAGACAGUUUUUAUUUCUUUGAUGUUGUAAAUGAAAAUGGAAUACUUUGUCAGAAACGCAGCUAUUUUAGAAUUUAUUAUGUCUGUUGGAACUGGGCCCGUCAAGCAGACGUAUAACUUCUUAAAUUUUUUAAAGUUUGUUUUUAUUUUGUUUUAUUCAGACCUUCCAACGGCUUUGUUCCUACGAUGUUUUUUCAAUGAACAAGCUGAAUAUUGCACAAGAAACGUAGCCAUUUCAGAACUAGCUCAUAUGUUUUAAUUGGUCCUGUAAAGAAGACAUUGGCUUCUUCAGUGUUCAUUUUAGUUGACUGAGUUUAUACGAGGCUGUGCUAUUGUCUUAAAAGCGGAGCUCUCAUAUUACUUUUUAACUUCAAAUGAACAAUUAUAAGAAUUUUAUUAUUUAACGUUAUGGCUGUAAAUAAAUAAGGGCCUCUUUACACAACUCCGAGUGAUUUGUUAGCCCGGGCUGAAUCAACCCUAAGGGCAACCCUCUAGCCGUCUAAUUUCAUGAAGAGAUACCCUCAUUUCCGGGUGUCUCUUGUCGAAACCUGGGUUGAUCCGGCCCAAACGCCAACCUGAGUUAGUGACAUCACACAAAUAACUAUCUUUGUAUCAACUUUCUUGUUUUAGCACCAUGGCUCUCGUUUCCGCGUCAUAGGUCGGUAGAAAGACUUUCCCAGGUGACUCUCGAAGUGAACCACGCGCGAAUGUUAACAACCGAUCUAGGAUCGUGUGAAUUGUGUAUUUAGCACUCUAGGCGAUAAUUUAACCCGGAGCUGUGUAAGGAGGCCGCUAUAGGUGUUAAAGGUGGAGAAGUUGUGAAAUAAAUUAUGGAGC